AUGGCCAUGCAAGAUUUCAAUUUCCAGAACAACCAUGGAAGAAAAAAGAAAAAUGGAGAAGAAGAACAGCCAAAGUCCUCUCUCAGUAAUCAGUACCGAAUUGUUACACCCACAUUCCAGUAUAAUAUGGACUACAAGAAAGUUGGCAAAUGUAUUAUUAUAAACAACAAAAAUUUUGAAGACAAAACAGGAAUGGGUACACGCAACGGCACUGAUAAAGAUGCUGGAGAUCUAGCUAAGAGUUUUAGAAACUUAGGGUUUGAGGUUUACACAUACAAUGACCGAAGCCGUGAUGAUAUGGAAAAAUUACUGAAGCAAGCUGCUGAGGAGAAUCACAGUGAUGCCGCUUGUUUUGCCUGUAUCCUUCUAAGCCAUGGGGAAGAAGGCCUCAUCUAUGGCACUGAUGGACCCAUGGCCAUCAAGAGUCUGACUGCGCUAUUCAGAGGAGACAAGUGUAAAAGCCUUGUAGGCAAACCCAAAUUAUUUUUCAUUCAGGCAUGCAGAGGCUCUGAAUUCGAUGAAGGUAUACAAACUGACUCUGGACCUGCAAAUGACACUCUGGAAACAGAUGCCAAUCCGAGAUACAAAAUCCCAGUAGAAGCAGAUUUUCUGUUUGCAUAUUCCACAGUGCCAGGUUAUUACUCCUGGAGGAAUCCUGGAAGAGGCUCCUGGUUUGUGCAGUCUCUGUGCUCUGUGCUAAAUGAGCAUGGAAAACAACUUGAGAUCAUGCAGAUCCUCACACGGGUCAACUAUGUGGUUGCCACAAAUUUUGAAUCACAGUCUGAUGAUCCACGCUUCAGUGAGAAGAAGCAGAUUCCCUGCGUGGUCUCUAUGCUCACUAAGGAACUUUACUUCUGAAAGUGUAUUUUAAUGCAGCCAGUGAUGAAAGAUCAGGAUAUGGUUUUGGAUGAAGAUUUGAUUAUAAACUGGAGUAACACAUUUUUAAUAACAGGAAUGUAAUUACACUAGAUUUUUAUAU